AUGAGCUGCAAUCAGGCCUGGUCCCCAAGCUCUGACCCCCCAUCAAACAAGCCGAGGCACCGCACCGGCCGGGCGGCCGGCGCCGCUACGGCGCUCCCCCUUGAGCCGGGGCCCGUCGCCCGCGCAGCCAGCGGCGGCAGGCGCCAGAGCGAGCGCGCGCCGUGCAGUAAGCGCGCCCCGACUUCUUCGAAAACACGCAAGCGGCGCGUCUCAGCAGAUUCUGAGGAUGAGGACUGGUCUGCAGGUGGCGAGGGCGACGGCAGCGAUGAUAGCGGCGACGAGGCGAGCGGCGGCGGCGGCGGCGGCGACGCAAACGGUGCUGCGAGCAGCAGCAGCGGCGGCGGCGGCAGCGGCAGGAGCCGCGGCGCCGCCAAGCGCCGUCGCCGCGCAGCACCAGCAGCACCGGCAGUGGCAGCUAGCAAGCGCUCCAGCGGUCGCAUACGCGCGGGGGGCGGCGGCACCGCGGCAGCAACGCACCGGCGGGUGCCGAGGGCGCCUGUUGCUGGUGCGGUGGCUGCGACCGAUGGCGCGAGCGCAGCGGCGGAGGAGCGCCACUCGUCAUCUUUCCGUGGCGUGACACGCCACCGCCGCAGCGGGCGGUGGGAGAGCCACAUCUGGAUCAAGGAGAUGGGCAAGCAGGUGUACCUGGGCGGUUUCGAGGUGGAGGAGUCGGCCGCUGAAGCGUAUGACAUGGCCGCCCUGAAGACCAAGGGCCUCGAUGUCAAGACCAACUUUGACAAGUCGCGUUACGGGGACCUGCUGGCUGUCCUGCACACCAUCACGACAGAGGAGCUUGUCAUGGCAGUGCGGCGCCAGAGCCAGGGCUUCUCCCGCGGCUCGUCCACGUACCGCGGGGUCACCGCUCACCCCUCAGGACGCUGGGAGGCGCGCAUUGGCAUCCCCGGCAGCCGCCACAUCUACCUGGGCCUCUACUCUGAGGAAAGGGACGCCGCGCGCGCCUACGACACAGCCCUGGUGCGGCUCAAGGGCAUGUCUGCGGCCACCAACUACAGCCUGGCUGACUACUGCUACCACCUGGCAGAGCACUACACAGUGGCCCAGAUGAUCGAGGGGGGCGACCCGGCCGGCCGCCUGCUCCGCCCCCAGGAGGCGCGCCCCGAGUUUGAGGCGUGGAUCAAGGGCGGGCUCGAGGGUGUGGGGCUGGCGAUGCCGCCCGCCGCGCUGGAGCGGGCCAAGAGGGACACGAGCGCCGCAGACAAGCGCAGCGGCGACGGCACGGCGGACGCGGCCGGCCGCGGGGAGGGCGGGGCGGCCAUCGCGGCGGCGGCGGUGGCGAAGGUCGUUGCGCAGGGCCCGGCAGGGCAGCAUGCCUAG